GGCCGUACGUUUUCACUCAGUAAACUGUCAGAACAUGUUAAACAAUUUAGGGUUCGUCUUACCCGACCUUAACAUUUUGUUAGGCGAUUGAAUUACCUCUCUAGACGCAAUAUUCGUGGCAGCUACAAUCGCUGCCUGCACAGUAUUACGUAAUUAUUCUGCUCGUGCUGAAUAUCUCUUUGAUGUAGUAUAUCUGUGAUUUAUGUCUCGCUCUAUAUCUAAUGAAUUAGACCGAUGUGACGUUUUAAACAACCUUUGGCUAUUUAAUACAGGGGUCCGCAGGCUCCGUUGGGUUUCGUGUUUACCCUGCACUUAAUCUACUAGAGCAGCUGAUCACACGAUUAAGUAACCACCUGGUUACUGGGGUCUGAAUUGGGUUUUGAUUUAAGCUGAAAACAAAAACCAGUCUGUCUUGCGACUCUUCGGGACCGCGGACUGAAGACCCCUAACUUAAUAGAAUAAGAGCGAAGCUGUCUGAUUACAUCUGUAUGAGGAAGCGCGCGCUCGUCUCGCAUGUCGGGCCGCUGCCUCGGGCGGAAUCGCGCGAUUGGUUGGCUGGUACCAGUGUGCGGUGGAGCCAUGGUUCUCCCACACUGACAGCCCUUCCGCUCUCAUUCUCACCUUAUCCUGACUGACUGCUGGAGAUCUUCGGCCAGACAUGGAGACUCGCAGGGUAAUUGGCAUCAUGUGGGUGGUCUGGACUGUUCUGGCUUCUCUUCUCCUACCUGGGCACACACAGGCCACCGUCCGUGCUCUUGUGGGCGAGGAUGUGCUCCUGCCCUGUGUUUGCCCUCCCAGUCACCCCGGCAAGCACUACCUGGUCUGGCAGAUCGGCCAGCACACCACCGUGGACUAUGCCAUCGCCGGCGAGGACGGGGCCAUCAGAGCCCUGCAGUACCAGAACCGCACUCGCCUUUUUCACCCUGCGGAUAACGGAAACUGCUCGCUGCUGCUCCACCGCGCGCGCCUCGCUGAUGCGAAAACGUACUCCUGUCACUACGAUCACAUCGUUAAUGUCACGGUGACUCUGGAAGUGGCGGUGAACUACAGCCUGCAGUGCUCUAAUGACAGCAGUGGAGAGCAGUACCGGUGCUCGGCCAGUGGGGGAUUCCCCAAGGGGAGGAUCUACUGGCUGCAGGACGGUCAAGCUGUGGAGAAGCUGCAGGGCCCCCUGAGCGAGCUGCACAGCCAGGACCACCUCACAGGGCUCUAUAACAUUACCAGCACCCUGAGGACCGGCCCCAAAACCGCUACACUGCAGUGUGUGAUGGAGAACCCCUCACUGCAGCGCAACAUUACUGCCGACUGCAGAGGGGAAGGGCACAAGGAGUUGCAGGUCAGUGUGGAGCUGAAGGCCUCUCUGGCCGUGGGCUCUGCGUUCUUCCUCCUCCUGGCCACCGUGUGUCUCACUCUCCUGCUCAGGGUCUGGAAACCGUGUCCCAGCACCAAGGCUCCCGUCCCGUACGAAGCGGCGCCCUUGGCUGAGGUGCAGUGCGCGGGGGACCCGUCGCCAAAAGCAUCGCUGGCGUGCUGAUGUCCGGACGCCCCGUUUCCAUGGCAACGGCGUGAGGUCACAGCGAGAGGGGGCGGGACAUCGGUCGAGCGGAAGUGGGCGGAGCCGACCGUCACCGGUGAUGGUGACAGAGUGCCGGAGCCAAUCUGCGCUGGCGCAGGAUGCCCGGCCUGUGUGCGCAAGCGUACGGAUUAACAAUACAGAAAAUGGAGUACCUCCCCAUGGGAUCUGCGCUAUGUCACUAGUGUUCAAUGUCUCGCGUCUACGGUGUGAAACUGUUUGAGCUAAAUGUGCGGCUGAAUGACCCGCUGAAGGCAGACUGCAUACAUUUCACAUCCAGUGGAAUUCACGCUGUGGCUCUGCAGAGGGAAAUGUCACCAUCUGAAGAACUCGCGUCACAACGUAUAAAAUAUGUGAAUCGUUUGAAAACCUACUGCCUGGAAAGAAACAGAUUGCGGUUUGGGAUCAACAGGCAGGAAGAGAAACAUGUUUACGUCAGAUUCUUACAUUUCUGUCAGUUUCUUGUUGAGUUGCGUGUAUAUAUAUGCACCAAAAACCUCGGUUUGGCAUUUCCUCUUAACCCAGUCUUUCAGCGAGAUAACAGUAUUUUAAGCUUUCUACUGUAAUUAUUUUAAAGAUGUGGUAGUUCUUAUUUUUCACUCCUUGCCAUUGAUGAAUGACACUUACAGCGCUGGCAGGCAGUGAUUUGCUAAAAGUCGCUGUUAAAAUUGGCCUUUUUGAUUGGCUGACCCAGCUGAGUGUGCAUGAACCACAGAACAAUAGGAAGUUUGUAAAGGGAAGUUGAAAUAGCGGUAACAAAAUCCGUCCAGAAAGGAAUGUACACGGAACUUGUUUAAGUUGUGACAAGCCUGUAAUCAGAAACUAGCUUCUGACUUCUACCAGAACAUUCAAACAUUCAAAAACACGAUUGGCAGCCAGUUUUCAGAAGUUCAGCAAAGCUUCUGAGAAGGAUAAAUCACAUUCUCUAGUUUUUUUUUUAUUUUUAUCACCUUCACCGCCCUCUGAUAUUCACCAUUGUAAAUCUAGCUGGUCAAAAAAAAAAAAAAACAGAGUUUCCAAAAUUCCCUUCAUCACACUCAAAAUGGUACAGUAACCCUGAGAUAAUAUUAAACUCCAGAAAAUGAACUUUUGCUCUGAGAUUUAUUUUUUAUAAUUUUGUUAUGUUUUGAGAAUAUGUAAUAACUACUGUGGAGUUUUAUACUGCAUUAAGCCCCAAGGUGCUUUUGUUCUUUAUGUAAAUGUUUGGUUCUGUGCCUCACAACUUUAUACUUUCACACUGUGUGUCAAAAAAUGUGGUGUUGUAAAUAAAUUGCCAAUAAUUUUCAAAUGUGAACAUUUUAAAUCUUUAAUAAAAUAUAAGUUGUACAAUUAGUUGCCUGAGCUGGUCUCACAUAAAUCAGAAAAUGAACCCAGGGUAUUACUAUAUUGCAACUGUAUAUUACAAAUUUCAUAUUUUUGUAGCUAAACUGUCUCUUAUGUCUUUAUAUUUGUCAUUAAUCAUGACUGCCAUUAAUUGCUGUCAUAUUCAUUAGCAUUACCAUGCGACGCCGCAGGAACUUUUUCACUUGCCAGCCAUACAAUUGAUGCACAUCCAGAUACCAUAUCUAGCAUUGUUGUCUUUCUAUGUCAUUUUGGUAAAAAAAAAAUUUUUUGCACUGGUACUGGACACAGCCAAACAAAGGAUUGUCCAGAAAGUUCUGAUAAAUUUCAAAUUACAUUUUAACGCCCCCGAAGUCCCAUACACCCAUUCACAAUUCUUAAAGUCACAAGAAAGCAUAUAUAUUGGCAACACAAAAAGUUUUUCCAUAUCACUGUUGCUUUAGGCUUGCUCCUGUGGAGGUUUAGGUCAGGAUUGUAUUGUGACAAUCACUAUAUAAUCAAAUUUUGAUUGAUUGACUGAUUGAUUGAACAUACUGGUGCUACAGCUCAGAGCAUUGGCAGUAUGUCAGUUUCCUUUCUCUACAGAUCAACACAAUUCCUCUGGCUGUAUAUUGUUGUAUUUGGAAAGGAUCAAAAACUUUAUGGAACACUUAAGAUUGUGGAAGGGAACUGUCAUAAGCCUUCAUCUGUGCUGGUUUGGGAUUCCUAUUGACUGCUCUGCUGACAGAAGUAUCUUUUGCCAUCCAAAAUUUUUUAAACUCUUUUGAAAAUGUAAAAACAUCAAUUGAAUCUUCCCUCAGUCUAUUUUUGCUCAGCCUGAAUUAAGUAUUAUUUUUUAUUUUAAGUCUAGUAUUGCAUUGAAUUACUUAUGAACUGAGGUGUAUGUGUAUAUAUGAUUGGGCUUUUUAAUACUUUUUUUGUCCUUGCAACCUAUGCUGAUAUUGCAAUAAAGUUUUCAUAAUUUU